AUGCUAACACCUUUGACUUUGAUCAUCUUACAGACGUCACCGUUUGGUUUAUCAAUAGCAACUAUAUGUAACUAUGUAUCAUCAAAAGCAACCCACUCGUACACCUACAUGCACCAUCUCUCUUCAUUGAGAGUAGAGAACAAAAAAAAAGAAAUGGGUGAUUUUGGUGCCGUCAUAACUCCUACAACUGAUCAGCAUGAUGUCAACAAAACUCAUCCUACUGAUGAGGUACAUCCGCAACCAUUAAUAUGGUGUUUUUGGAUAAUUUUCUUAAUUCUCGUUCCACUAUCAUCCGUCAUUCUGAUUGGAUUUGCUUUGUUUGACGACAGCAUAACAGCAUUUAAUGGAAAUGGUCGGGUCGCUGAUCUUCUAAUGAUGGUUAGCUACAUCGUAGCCAUCUACGGCAUUGUGAGAAUCAUACUUACCACCGCAAGUAGCAUCUCUGUCCAACAAAUCACUUCGACUCAUACGAAGAACCAUUCCAAUAUUGUACUGGCAUUUAUUUUCAUUCUUGGCGUCGGUGAUACGUUGUUUAUAAUGACCAGAUUUGGUGAUCAACUAAUCAUGAUUCUCAAUCACAACUACUUUCCUGGUUUAGAAUGUUCGCCUAAUCUUGCUGUGUCAAUGAUUGCAAAUUUCUUGAAAAGCUUAUGCCAAUUGUGCAUCUUAAUGUUUAUUCUUCAUCAAUUAAAUCAUUCCAUCAAAUUCAAAAAACACGGAUCGAAAAUAUUCCUAACUUGUCUAUCCAUAUUUUCCUUGAUUCAAUGGGCACAAAUACUUCUGCAAGAAGUGCACUACCACAAAAAUGUACCUGAUUCGUGUGAUUUGUCCACGACUCAAAGCCUGCAGCGUUUUGAUCAAAUCACACCAUAUCUUUAUCCGUUGGGUUUAGAAUAUCGAUUUGCUUGCUUUCUUGAACUGUUAAUCAUGUCUGAAUGUUUGGGAACCAGUAAAAACAAUAUUAUCUUAAAGUUUUACUUUUGGUUCAAUAAGAAGAUCGCUUGCAAGGUUUGUAUGGCCAAUACAAAAAUAGUAUCGGUCAGCGGAUGUUUGAGAAAGGCGCUUUCAUGUUUUGGCACUUGCUUCAGGAAGAUCAAACGUCCGUUAGGCAAAAACGAUAUCUUAUUUCCGGCGAUUUUACUUCCUGCCAUCGGAACUCUCCUAGUUAGCCUUUCAAUAAUCAUCGUGUUGUUUCAAGAAGUCAAUACUGAUGAUCAGCAUCGCCGAAGUUCUCUUGUUCAUUCGGAAAAAAACAGUCUAUUAACAUUGAUUAGUGAGAUCUGUGAAAUUAUUCUCUUAGUCAUCAUUUCCUUCUAUUCAGUUUAUUCAUUGGACAAGUUAUGUAAAAAACAACAUGAAGUCGACCAUGUCUCGCAUGUUGGACCAAUAAAUAUGGAAUUCAUCGUUGACUUUGCCAUUCUACUCAUAUCGAACCUUUUCUUGCACAUAUACUGCCUCGUUACUUUAGUUGGUUCAGUCAUAUCCGAUGCAGACGAUCGAUUAACGGAAUUCAUACGCUGGUUGACAUUCACGGCUUCCGUUAUACCAAUUAUUCAAACGAUACUUCAGCUGAUGAUCAUCUGGAAAGUUCGUAGAUACAAUGGUUUGCUUCACAAAGGUAUCAAUCAGAUGUGGAUUAUGUUAGGUUUUGCUAUAUGGCUAUUCGAUACCUUUAGUGCGAAAGCCUAUGAUACGAAUGAAAUUCAAAUUAGUGUUUAUAGUGGAAGCUGGGAUAUUCUAGCCGCUCUUUUCGUACCGAUGUCGCUGUUUUUUCGAUUUCACAGCUGUAUUAUGUUCGCUAAUAUCAAAGAUGGAAUGUACUGGGAUGAACAAGAUGAAUCUCUGGUGUAG